AUGUCUCGUGACGCUCGUGAGGAUGUGGUUUUCACGUCAAUAAAAUCAAAUUUAAUAUCAGGGAUAAAUCAAUAUCACAGAGAAAUUAUAAAUGUUGAAAAAAUAUUCCAAUUUCCAGCUGUGAGUGCUGAUAUUGACAAGGAUUUAACGUAUCAGGUAACGACUAAUUUACAUCAGUUAACUAGUAAUUAUUAUUAUUGUUAUAAUAAUAAACCAAAGAAAGACUUUAAUAGAAUAAAACCGUCUGUCGAUGAAGGAGCCAUUAAUUUGAUGGAAUGGAGUUCGUUUGACCAAACAAGUUCUUGUCCAGCUCUAUCACACGAUUUGUUAACCCAAGACAAGCACGAUGACAGCGACCAACAAACACCAGUGCAAGAUGAUACUGGGAUGGAGACAGUCGAUGACAUUGAGAAGUGGUUAGAAACAUGUACUGAUAAUUCUCCUGCUAUUUCAAUUAAAGAAAUGGAUCCGAUUAAGUGUCAGCAGCUCGAGGUCGUCGAUACGUACCUAGGCGAUGAGAUGCCUCAUGCGUUCAUGGAGAAAGAUUCCCUUUCAAUAGACAUUGAUUUGACAGAUAAAAAACUGAGUCACAGUCUUGGGUACGAUCCGAUUCUAGAAGAGCUGCAGAGUGAAAAGUUCCUCGAGGUUUGUGAAAAAGAUGGUUUUACAAUGCCGGAGUUUCAACUCGACCAGUUGGAGCCUUUGACGCUUGAUCCCAAUGACAUGAUGGUAGCUGGUGAAAUGUUGCCAUCAACCAGCAUCAACAAUCCAUCAACGACUCUGGCUAUCAAUGGGCAUCAGGAUAUUUACACUGAUGAUAUUAAAAAAGUCAGUUGUAUAGACACUGAUGAUAUUUGCGAAAAUACGUCUCAAGUUUAUGAUUUAAAUGAUAAAUUUAGUGAAGACGAUGGGGCUAAUGUUGAAAAUAUUGUCCAUAUUAUCAACGAGAGUGAUUUGAAUGACUAUGAAGAGGAACGUGACAGCGAUGAUGGUAAUAUAGAUAUCGGUGAAGAAAAUAAAAUAUUGGAUGAUAUUGAGACGGUGGAUGCGGCAAUGAUUGACACAGUUGAUGCGUCAUUGUCAAAUGCCGAUGAUAAUAUGUUCAAGGAGUGUAAAGCUAUAAGUUUACUAUCCGAGAGUCAUAAAGUAUCUGAUAAAGUAGAGGCUGGUGACGUAACUGAACAGUUUGUUGGUCAGGAAGUACAAGAACAGGACCAGGAAAAAAGCAAAGAAGAAAUCAUGGCUGUAGUGGCAAUUUCGACAGACAAGCGUUCAAAUAUGACUCAGAUUGUUAUCAAUACUGGCAAAGGCGAACAGAUAUACAGAGGUAAAACUUCUGAGUUAAUGGAAGCUACUGGUUAUUUUUCAAAAAGUCCUAAAAUAAAAACCAAUUUGAGUAAUAAUACAGUAGAAAUUAACCAUACUGAGGUUCCACUUAGUGGAUCGUUGAGCAAUCAAGAAGCUAUUAUAUCAAAGGCACUCGAAGAAUUGGGGUUCAGCGAAGAAAAUUUAAUGUCUGUGACAAUGCCUGAUAAUGGUAAAAUGUGGAUUUGUCCUAGGGAGGAUUGUCGUAGAGAAUUUAAUCGCUUGUAUGCAUUGAAAGGUCAUAUUUUAGCUCAUUAUGGCGUUCGUCCCUUCAAGUGUGAUCAGGAAGGAUGUACAUGGGCAUUUCAUUCGGAAUUUAAAUUGAAACGACACAAAGAAACUCAUUUGAAACGUAAAGAUUACGUGUGUCAAGUUGAAGGCUGUAAUAAACGUUUCACUACUGUUUAUAAUCUAUGGACACAUGAGAAAUUACACACAAGGCCCAAUCGGAUUGCGUGUCAAGUGCCUGAAUGUGAGGAAAAAUUUCAGACUAAGCGAGCGCUAGAGUUACACAUGAAAACACACGAUCAGAGUCACGCGCCAUAUGUUUGCAUGCAUGAAGGCUGUGGUAAGCGUUAUUACAGCAGCAAUGCGCUGACAUCUCAUCAGCGGUGCCAUAGUUACAAGGAAGCUGAUAUCAAAUGUUCGUGGCUGGGCUGUGGGAAGAUAUUCGACAAGCCUUGUCGGCUUAAAGCACACUUGCGAUCUCAUACUGGGUCCAAACCGUACCUAUGCACAUUUGCUGGGUGCUCCUGGGCAUUCACGUCGUCGAGUAAGCUUAAGAGACACGAAAAAAAGCAUACUAAUGACAGGAAGUUUAUUUGCGAUGUUACAGGAUGCAACAAAGCCUUCAUGCGCUCGGAACAUUUGAAGGAGCACAAGCUGACACACUCCGAGGGUCGAUACUUUCAGUGUUAUAUUUGUGAAGCGAGCUUCUCUGCCAAAAGCAGUUUGUAUGUACACAUUAAAAAACAUCAAAAUAAAAUAGCUCCUGAGUAUGCACCUGAGAGUAUUCAGCCUUUGGAUACCAAGUUGACAUUCACCAAUGGUGAUAAUAAUUUCUGCCAUAGCUUACCAAUAGACUUGGAGUCAGAGAUGGUAGAUAAUGACGUACUACAAGAGUCAUUUAUUCCUGAAAAGUAUGUCAACUCUUCGAGUGAUAGUGUUAUGAUUGACAAUAAGACAGUAGUAAGUGAAAUAAUUACGGCAAAACCUAAAUUUACAUGCCCAAUUAACAAUUGUACGCGGACUUAUAUGAAAAAAGUAUCAUUAAAGUCACAUAUUGUUAAAUUCCACGGUUAUUCUAUUGAAGAUAAUGAAUUAAGUCAGUCCUCAGAGACAGAUUAUGUAUUGUGUGCUAAUAAUACUAGUGUAAGUAAUAAGGUAGAAACGACGAGACGUAUCAACGUCAACGCAGAUGGAGAUAUUGACAUUGUUGACACAGUAGCAGAGAUAACGUGUUUACCGGAACCUAAACCGCCACCGACGAAUGAAAAAUUACUAAAAAAUAUUAAUAAUCGUGGUACAGAAGCUAGUAAUCAUGGAUCCGCGAGAACUGGACUGACUUGCGCGGAUAUUUUGAAAAUAAAACGUGAUAAAAAUGAAUCGUUUGAUGACUCAGUGAUUGGGGCAUCUGAUGUCGUACUCGGUACUGCAGAUUUAGCUGAAAGUUUAUUACUGCCAGAUGAAUUAUCUUCGAUGUAUUUUCAUGAUGAUAUGGGUAGUGAAUGUCAAAUUUUGUUACUUGACUCUACUACCGCUGAUUCAGAGACAACUGCAUAUUAA